UUAUGUUGCUGUGGAAAUACUUAUUUCUACUUGUAGCAUUGACCUUUUUCACCGCUUCCUGCUUUGUUACAAAGGUGUGGCAGUAUAUUUUCAUGUCUCAGACUGUUUUGAAUGUGUAGGUAAACGGCGUGUUCGGUGUGGAGGAGAAUGUAAUGUAAAUAGCUGCAGGAAAUAGUAAUGUGACUAGGACUAGUAUCACAUUAGGUUGAGCCAGAGCUGCCAUAACAUCCUUAAGUUGGUCUUCUGCAGUUGUUGUAUGAUCGUUUGAAGUAAUUAUACAAUUAAUUUAUGACACACAUCUGCAGUUGGCGUUUUGUCUCAGGUCUAGUCAUGGUUGUAAAGAAGACAGCACCUGAAGUGGAGGCUGUAGCUUUGCAUGAUGUCAAGCAGAAGAGCCUGACAGAUUCCCUGUCUGUGGAUGGGGAUAGCAGAUCCACAGAGCCUGCUCAGGUUCUAAGGAACAGUUUAUCAUCCUCCGAUCCGGUUGAGCAGAUCCAGCUCAUCUCUAAGGCAGGUUUCCUGUUGGAGCAGUUGAGAAAGGAUGAGUCCCCUAUGAGUCCUUUACUGCAGGCCUGCCUGAGCACACUAGCUUUCUUUUUUACCACACUGCCAGCUAAGAACCCACUUAAGAGAGCUGUAGCAAGUGCACUAGGUAGUGGUCCAAGUUGGCUGCAGGAGCAGACUCUUGGAUGUCUGUCUGAGAGCCUGUCCUCCUGUCUCUCCUCUACGAGCAUGGAUCACUGCUCACACUUAACAGAUAGCAUCACUUCCUGUCUGGAUGGCUUUAGGUUAGGGGAAGUCGUGGCCUAAUGGUUAGAGAGUCUCAUAACCCAAAGGU